GGGUUUGCAAUCGACACUAAAUUUAUAGUAAAAGUGAUGAAUAUUUUGAUAUAAUUUUCACUAAUUUAUUAACAUUUGUUGUCUUAUCUCAAGAGUUAUAACUAUAUUAUAGUUAGUAAUCAACAAACAAAAUGCACAACAGAUUAAAAGUCAAAAGCGAUUCACAGAAAGAGUUAGAAAAGAGACGCGAAAAGGAAGACAAAUGUCGACAACUGAUUGCUCUCCAGAAUCUGGUCUUCGAUAGGCGGACACAUAAAGAUUAUGGUACGGAAUCACUGUCUUUAAGCGCCCAAUUGGUUGCAGCAAAUCCUGAUUUAUCCACCGCUUGGAACUAUCGGCGAGAAAUACUUCUUCAAUUGAAAAGCGAAUCACUGGAAAACAGUGAAUCGUUUGAUACGAUUUGUCGAAAUGAGUUACAAUUAACAGAAAAUUGUUUGCGAGUUAAUCCCAAAUCAUACUGUGUUUGGCACCAAAGGAAAUGGAUAAUUGAAUUGAUGGCUAAUCCAGACUUAAAGAAUGAAAUACUAUUAUGCAAUCAAUGUCUUAGUUUGGAUGAAAGAAAUUUUCUUGCGUGGGAUUACAGACGGUUUGUGUCAAAAAUAGCCAAAAUCGAUGUCUCAGAAGAACAAAAAUUUACGUUACGUAAGAUUGAGGAAAACUUUUCAAAUUUCAGUUCGUGGUAUUACAGAAGCUGUUUGUUCAGAACUGCUGUCACUCAAAACAACUAUGAUUUCAGUCAAGACUGGCAUCAGGAGUACGAUUUGGUACAGAACGCCAUAUUUACCGAUCCCACUGAUCAGUCGGCCUGGUUUUACCACAAAUGGCUGGUCGCUACUAAUUAUGGACAUAACAUUGUUUGCACUGCCAAUGAACUACAAACUAAAAAUAUCCAAAUUAAUCGCGUUGUAUAUAAUCAAACUACCGCUCAAUUAAGUGUCCACUUUUCCCGUCCACUCAAAUUUAAACCAUUGAUAUCACUUAAAAUUAAUAACAAUUGGUUGACAAAAACUGAAUGGCAAUCGACAUUUGUUGGCAACUCAAGUGUUUGGUUUAUCGACUUCAACCAAUUGGAUGAGUUCAAGGAACUCACUAUAAUGUCUAUUCCAACGUUUGACGUAAAUCGUGAAGCAAUUGAAGAAAUUACUAUAAAAGUGGAUAAUCUUAAUGAUAUUACUGAUAAACAAGUGUUAGUUUGGGAAAGAAGUUCUAAUUUGUUGGACAAUAAUUUGACUCUCGAGGAGUCGUAUUUGAAAUCCUUACGUGAAUUACACAAAUUAGAACCCAAUAAUAAAUGGGUUAAUCUUACUCUCGCGUGGACUGAUCCAAACAGUCAAGUAAAUGAUAUUCUCGAUAAACUUAUCAAAUUGGAUCCAUUAAGAGUCAACUAUUAUAAUGAUUUGAAAAGUAAAACCAUAUUAAGAGAAAAGAUAAACAGUUUUCAAUUGGCCUCAAAUGUGACACUAAUUAAUCUGAAUUUAACGACUUUAUAUGAUUGCAAUCGUUUGUCUCACAUAAGGACACUGGACUUCAGUCAAAACAAUUUACUUAAAUUGAGUCAAUCAUUCAACCAAUUAGUGUCUCUCGAAGUCUUAAUGUUGGACUCAAACAAGAUUUAUACAAUCGAUGAAAAUAUGCGAUUAGUUAAUCUUAAGAUAUUGUCACUCAAUAAUAACAAAAUUUACGAUAAGAAAUGUUUGACACAUCUGAAAGAGUGUCUUAAAUUGGAAAAAUUGGUGAUCAAUGAAAAUCCGAUAUCAUGUCAUCUCAAAAAUAUAACUAAUUCAGAGCUUUUAUUAUCAUCAAAGCUCAAG